AUGUGGCUCUUUCGAGUCUUUUCGUCGGCCGUCUUCCUCGCCGUCACGGUCUCUUCUAUCCCUCUGGCCUUUGACGUGGGCGGGAAGACAUGUGGUCUGGCCUUCUCCCUAUCUCUCGCAACCUUCUAUUUCCUCUUCUCGCUAUUGCGCCUCGCCACCCCUGAGCGCUCAUGGUUCCGUUCGUCGCUUGUCGCCGUCAUCCGCUCUACACAAUGGAUUAUCAUUCCGAUCUUGUUGAUUUGGUCUUUGAAUCGGUUCUCGGUCGACCCGGAGAAUAGCAGCGGGUGGGUGGAGCGCACCUUCAGCGGGAACCGCGCUCAGGAUAGCUCCAUUCAGGAAUGGCUCUUCGGUCGGGAUGGUCUGGUCGAAAGUGUGACCCUGGGCAACUGGGAUCGACUUCUGCGAUGGUCUACGCCUGUGUUCCAACUAGCGGAGGGCUUCUGCAGCCUUUUGGUGAUCCAGGCCGCCGGCCAAAUAACCCGCUGGCUUGUGAACCGAGGCGGGCGCAGUGACAGCUGGAUGAUCGGUCUCCUCGUUCUAUCGGCCACCGUGAUCUCUAGCUCCGUCUACUUCCUUUGGCGCGUUCUUCAGUUCCCCGAGAUUUCCAAUGUUGACGCCGCCCUGAUCGGCGUCUCCAUUACUUGCGCCGUCAUUCUGUGCGCUUGGGGGAUAGGUAGUGGGCGUGGAAAUCCGGUGGAGAGCUCCCUGCUGUUCGCCUACAUUGUUCUUUAUUCCGUCUCCUUCGCAAGCAGGCGACUUCCCCCGCUUCCGCCCAUCUUCAUGGCAUCAUACACCACCCUUAUGCAUGCCCUGUCUCUGCUCCCCUCGAUCAUUCACGCAGCUUUCAACGUCAUCACGGCUGUCUUCAGCGCAGUUACUCCGUCGGUCUUGAUCUCGCUUGCAUACCGCCUCCUUGUUCUGUAUGCUUCAACACGUAUCAUCCCGGCGGUGCGUGAAUCCGGAGCUCGUGCGCUCUCGCAGGAGGCUUCUCUUGAAGACUCCGAUGCCGCUGGACAAGUUCUGGCAUUCCUGAGCUAUUUCUCCCCGUCGAUUCUCAUUGCUGUAUACACCAGCCUUUUGAUGCAGCAUUUCUCGUCUACUUCACAGGCAAUGGGAGGUAUUGGCGAGUGGUGGAGCACUCAAGGCGCGGGGGGAAGCAAUCUCUGGCGAUGGAUCAACCUGGCCUGCACUACGGCAUUAUAUGCAGUUGAGCUUUGGCUUGGGGAACAUAAUGAUCUUGACAAUGGACUGACUGGCCACUGGAAAACCGAUUGA